GUUACCACAAUCCAGCCUAACUUAAUUUUCAUAACAUGUCUGCUGCUGUCAAUGGAUGUACGAAUUCACGAUAGUCGUGUUUUAUGAAUGAGAAAUGGAAUUUAAAGUGAUUUCGUUUUGAUUGGUUUUAUUAAUUGUUAAGUAUUCUACAGUGAAUGUUUAAGUGCAAAAGUGGUAAACGAUGCCUUUGGCCAACACCUCCGAUCCUUGGCGAAUGCAGAAUGUUGGAGAUAACACGCUUGGGACAUCUGCACAGCCAGCAAAUAGUCUUCCAAUAGUAGUGGAGAACUCAGCUGAGUCUCGGCAAGCAUCAACAACUGAGAGUCUAGACACAUCUGGCGACAUAAGCGAAGAGAGAGAAGUGGAAAUACAAGAUGUUGUUAAAGAAGGACAUGAUAAGGCAGACCCGUCACAAUUUGAAUUGCUCAAAGUUCUCGGUGAAGGUUCCUUUGGAAAAGUAUUUUUAGUACGAAAAGUUACUGGUGCUGAUGCUGGCACACUCUACGCCAUGAAGGUACUUAAAAAAGCUACAUUAAAAGUAAGAGAUAGAGAACGUACAAAAAUGGAGAGAAAUAUUCUAGUUGAAAUGGGCCAUCCAUUUAUAGUUAAAUUACAUUAUGCAUUUCAAACUGCUGGUAAACUAUACUUAAUUCUAGACUUCCUCCGUGGUGGUGAUUUAUUUUCUCGACUCAGUAAAGAGGUAAUGUUUACUGAGGAGGAUGUAAAGUUUUACCUAGCUGAACUAGCUUUAGCAUUAGAACAUGUACACAAGUUGGGAAUAAUAUACAGGGAUCUCAAACCAGAAAACAUUUUAUUAGAUGCUGAUGGCCAUAUAGCACUAACUGACUUUGGCUUGUCUAAACUCCCUCCAACUAGUGAUAAAGCCUAUAGUUUUUGUGGCACUGUGGAAUAUAUGGCACCAGAGGUAGUCAACAGGAGAGGACAUACUUUUGCAGCAGACUGGUGGUCUUUUGGAGUACUUAUGUUUGAAAUGCUGACAGGAAAUUUACCUUUCCAUGGCUCAACACGACAUGAAACUAUGACACAAAUAUUAAAAGCAAAACUUGGCAUGCCAUCAAAUCUUAGUGAAGAGGCGCAGUCUCUAUUGAGAGCAUUAUUCAAAAGAAAUCCACAAAACAGAUUGGGAGCUGGACCUAAUGGCAUUGAAGACAUUAAGAAUCAUGAGUUUUUCGCAAACAUAGAAUGGGAUGCGCUUUAUAGGAAAGAGGUGGUGCCUCCAUUCCGGCCGGCAGUCUCUCGCGCCGACGACGCGUUCUACUUUGAUUCGGAGUUUACGUGUCGCACGCCUCGAGAUUCGCCCGGUGUCCCCGCUUCGGCGAAUGCACAUGAACUAUUCCGCGGUUUCAGUUUUGUGGCGCCUUGUUUACUCAACGACGAUAGUAACAAAACGGUUACAAAUCAAAAUCAGAAUCAUGCUGCUACGAAUAAUAAGACGUCCACUGAAGAUUUUUGGGCAGGAUUUGUCAAUAGGAAUAAUUUCUUUGAUGAAUACAGAUUGAUGGGAGAACUAGGCACCGGAUCGUUUUCAGUUGUCCGCCUCUGUGAACACAAAACCUCGAGAGUCCAGUAUGCAGUUAAGAUCAUGGAUAAAAUGCAAUAUGAUCCUCGUGAAGAAAUCGAAAUAUUAUUGAGAUACAGCCAACACCCGCACAUUAUAACCCUGCGGGGAGUAUACGAGGAAGGCGGGCGGAUCCUCGCGGUGACGGAGCUGUGUCGCGGCGGCGAGUUGCUUGAGCACAUCACGCAGCGCCGCUACCUGCCCGAGCACGAGGCCGCGCCCAUACUGAGGAAUGUCCUUCACGCCAUACAUUAUCUGCAUCGCCAUACCGUUGUGCAUAGAGAUAUAAAACCUUCGAACAUAUUGUUCGCUACGUCCGAGAAGAGGCCUGAGGACAUUCGUCUAGUGGACUUUGGUUUGGCGAAACAGUUGCGCGCUGAAAACGGCCUACUGAUGACGCCGUGUUAUACUGCUAACUUCGUCGCUCCUGAGGUGCUAAAGCGGGCUGGAUAUGAUGCCGCUUGUGAUAUAUGGAGCUUAGGUGUGCUAGCUUAUAUUAUGCUGUCUGGUAGAACUCCAUUCGCUUCAACUGGAGAUGAUACUCCUGAAGCAAUCUUAGCGAGGAUUGAGUCUGGAAAGGUGGAGCUAUCGUCCGGCGUGUGGGGCAGCGUGUCGGGCGGGGCGCGCGCGCUGGUGCGGCGCCUGCUGCAGCUGGAGCCGGCCGCGCGGCCGCGCGCCGCCGACCUGCUGCGCGAGCCCUGGCUGUGCGCGCCGCCGCCGCCGCCCGCGCACCCCGCGCCCGCGCCCCCAGACCCGCCCGCGCCCGACCUGCGCCGCGCCGUCGACCUCACCUUCCAGGCAAUGACCGCUUCGCCGCUGACACCGCAAGUGUUGGGUCCUGUGUCGCAAUCAACUCUUGCGCAGCGUCGCAGUAAACCCCAACGACGAUUCCCACCUACGCAACUUUAAAGUCCCAAGGAGUUUAGGUUUCAUGAUAUUGUAAGUACAUGCUUUAUUACGUACCAUCCAAGACUCCGGUUAUCGUAUCUUCUUAAAGGAAACCGUGAAAGGUUUUUUCAGAUUUAUUAUUUUAAUUAUUAUCAAUUAUUUGAUUGACAGCUCCGCGUUUUUGUAACUGCUAUAGUCUGUUUUUUAAUCUCGUACACUAAACUGAGAUUACGAGUGUUGUUAGUUUAUUGCAAAUUCUUAAAUAGUGAUGUGGUACGACCGAAACUUAGCGUUAAUAAAAUCAAGUAUCGUUUUUUUACAAUAAGUCAUCCUGAAAUAAUUGGCUUAUUCUCGAUGAUUACGCAUGGCUUUGCGUGGUCAGAUAUCUCUGGCAGUUUGUAGGACCUCGUGCAGCCGUGUUGUACGGUAGACCGCACAUCAGUGGUAACUGUCAUGCACCUUAACUCAAUCGUAAUAAGUACGAUUUUCCUAUAAAACUGUUACCACUGACCUGAAGUUGACUGUACGUACGUGAAUUGUAAAUAUAAAACUUUGAAUGAAUAUUAAAUUCGUCUAUGAUAGAUAAAAAGUUACGAUUCAACAAACCGGUAUCGUAAGUACAACACUGCACAAAAAAGCUAGCAACAUUAUUUGUAAGUUUGACAUUUUGAAGUGUCAAUUUAGUCUACGAGAUUAGAAAACAGACUAUAGUAUGAUGCAGUUUAACGAAUGUGAUGUAAAAAAGUAUUUUUGUUAUUGUGCAUUAUUAUUUAAGCUCGUUUAAGUUUUACUCUGGGAAAGCUUAUAGUCAAUGUUUUUUCAUGGGUAUUUUAGGGUCUUUGUAACAAAGUCAAAGCAUAAAGUUUUUAAGUCAAUAUCAUUGUCUACUUACUUACUUUCACUUUACUAAAAGUUUCCUUUUAACGCUAGUAUUCUUAAAAACGGAUUAAUCGAUUCGGUUUUUUGGGAUUCAAAAAAGAAAAUAAUAAUAUUUAUGGUAUACUCAAUGAAAAAGUCACUUGUCUAUACACUUUUCGGGAAUUUAUUGAUCCAUUUUCGCCAGUCUAGAAGUUAUUCCCAUCAUGAACAAUAUCACUACAUUUAAGACAUUCCACGUUCCAUUUUAUAUCAUUACAUUUUAUGUGGUCAUUCAUUCAUUUGGUGUUUUGCAAGAAAAUUAGGUUAAACGCAGCAGUGUUACUUGUUUCCUAUAUUAUCUUAUUUAUAGAUCAAUUUCAAUACUGUUGCAAGUCGUCUAGCCAUAUUUUUAUGAGAUUAAUGAGUUAAGGUGCAAAGGCUCAUUUGGACUGUUUAAGUUAUUCCAGAAAUAACUUAUCACGACAUGUAUUUUUUACUUCAAAUAAAAUGUAAAGGUCGAAUUGACCUUAGGUAUCGCGUUUAUUAUUUAUUUUAUAAUAGGAAAAGGUGCAUUUGAAAAGGAUUCGUGCGUAAAAGAGCUUUACUGUUUAGUCAAACGAAAAAAAGUCUUCCUACAUAAUAAUUAUUAUUGUAAUAGGCACUUUCACUUCUUAUUUUCCCUCCUGCAAAGAAGCUACUCCUUAAUUUUAAGUGCCAGAUUGCUUGUACGGGUAUUCCAAAUAUCGUUCUGUUCGAUUCAUUAAAUACCCUGGCUAACAUAAUAACUUUCAGAAAUUCUUAGUGUAUCAAUUUUUUUCUCCUAAUUUUUGCAGAAUUUGUUAAUAAACAACAAAGUGCAAUAAUUAUUUUUUUAAAAGAUCGUUUUGGGCAUUGCAGGCAUAAGUGCAAUAUUAUUUAUUUCUUUGGUACCAAUUAAAGUCAUAAUAACAUUAUUUAUGUACAAUAUUUUAAUAGAUGCUAAUGAAUUGUCGCUGAUUAGUUCUUUGGAUGUUGUUCAUAUAGAGAAGAAUGGUUUAUAUUUUUAUAAGACAGUAUCAUUCGAUUUAGAUAAGCUUAAUCGUAUUCUAUAACCCCCUUAUUAAUAAACACGAGUAAAGUGAUUCCAUGUUUAGGUAUCUAUGAAAAUGACCACCUUUGAAAAUGUAUAGUUAUCCGUUAAUCCAGGUGUAACUUUAAUCCGUGUUUAUUAAAAAGGCCCUAAGUGUCUACAUGACUAAAGCCAGUGACGCCACACAUAACCACAAUAUUUCUUCCGUCUGUUAUGUUACUUAAUUAAUUUAUUUAAAACGAGUUAAAAUAAUAAUAAAAAAUUGACGAGAAUCAUGUAUAUCAUAUCUGUAUACACUACCUGAAUAUAAUAAAUCGUUUGGCUGAAUAUAAUAUAAUACUCGAACUAAAGCAUUGCCUGCAGAUUUAUUUCUACUCACGGUGGUGUUAUACUCGUAAUCAUUUCAUAUCAAUAAGGCCUAACUUAUCAUCAUAAAAUCAUUAUUAUUUCAUUGUCAACUAUCCUCACUAUAUUCUUAAAAUUAUAUUCAUGUAGAAUGUCACUUAGUAUUAUUAUAGUGUAUAAGUAACACAAUAUUCAUUAUUUUUGUUAUGUACGUCAGAUAUUUUUAGAUUUAAGGAUGUAAUGUGUUAGAUACUACGUGAAACCAUUUUAUGUUGUAGUAAAUGUCGCCCUAACUUAACUAACUGUGCCAUUCCCUGUGCUUUACUUUCUACUUAUCGAUUCUAUUUACUUAGUUACUUGCUUAAAUUAGUAAACGAAAAUUGAGGGAAAAACAUAAACUGUAUACGAUUUUAUUUUUUAUUAUAUAUCGUGUUUCAAAACUGGGAGUCUAUAUUGUUCUUCCAAUUUUUUAAUAAUUUAUUUUUUUGUUAAAAUCAAUUACCAAGGCUCACUGCUAACAACUCUCGUUUUACUUUACAUACCAACAUACUAUAUAUACAGUAUACAGUAUUAGGUAUGCAGCAGAUCGAGUAACGGAUUCGCAAUGCCAAACUAUUUAAUAAUAACUUCUAAUAUAAGGUAACAUAAUAAUUCUAUUAACAUUAUUUGCUGUAACUAUCUACGUAACUAAUUGUACAUGUCUGUAUUAUUUUUAUUUUAAGGUGGCUACCAUCUAUAUUCAUAUAUUUUUAUACAAUAUUGUAUUUUAUUUUUACUACACAUUUUUAAUAGUUUAGGAAUAUAACAAUAUGGUAAUUGGUUUUCUACCAAAGAUUAGAAGAUUUUAUUCUUAAAGUUAUAUUCUAACAAGUUAAAAUCGUGAAAAUAUUAGAUUGUGUAGUUUUAUCUUUAUCAUAGAACAUAAGGUGUAUUUAGCAUAAUAUUUUGAAGUACGUAGCAGCACUUAGUGGUUAUUAUAUUUACCAAUAACAGUUUUUUUUCGAGUUGGGAACACCAUUCUACUAGCAAACUUCUAACAAUAUUAAGCACUCUUUAUCAAAAGACAUAUUAUUGUUAUAUCUCGGAAUACAAUGCAUCAAUAAAAUGCCUAAAUAUGUACCCAAAUAUACACAAAAAAUUACGAAAUAUCCCUAUCAAUGCAGUACAAAACACAAUGUUUGUUUAAGGUGAAUGCUUGUACUGGUAGCUGUUUCAAAUGUAAUUAGAUAGGUAACUAAUUCACGCAGGGUGUUACAAAACUAUUUGCAACGCCGAAAGGGGGGUUGAAUGGGCAAUUCAUAUUUUAAAAUUCCGGAUACAAACAAACAAAAAAAUGUUUCCUCUUUAUUAUACCUAUUGGUAUGGAUUUACGCUCCUAAUCUUCUGACUUCAUCAAAAAUACAUCAAAUUUACCGAAGCAAGCUCACCUAUCCAAACCAAAUGUUUAGGCUGUUUUCUGACUAUUUAGUAGAUGGUUUAUUUGAAGUUUGCACAAAAUUAAUUGAGCGGUUCUUCAUUUAUCACAUUUUUUGCACCAAAAUGGUAGACUUUAUACGUAGCGAAGCAUGUACUGCGGGCCAGUAUUAAAAAUUUAUAUUUUCUUUUUCAAUUAUAUGUCAGACUGUCUUAGGGUUGACGAUGUUUCUGGAUUUGAUAAUUUAAUGUAUUUCUUUAAUACUUCAGUAAAUCCGUGUAUCUACAUACAAUAGGUACGUUGUGUUGUUAUAACAUAAUAUGCAUCGAGAAAUUCAUAAUACGUAACCCUCGAGACUUUUUUUUAUAUAAUAAUAUAGUAAAUACAUACCUACUUUAAUCCAGAACUUGACUUAUUGGUAAAUAUUGUAACUCGGCGUUGCGCUUGUACCACGUCAUGUUUUACCAAAAUUAUAAGUACCUAUAUAAAAUUCUUUUUAAUGCAGUUUUAUCAACUGAAGGAAUUGAUAUGUAAUAAAUCAUAAAAAAUUAUAAUAGGGAAACUAAAUUUAAGAUUUAAGUAUUUAUAGAAAUCUGACAAUUUCAGCAUUAAACAUAUCCGAGAGCGCAAAAUUUUCAUGUAAAUGAUAGUAUCUAACGCGGCAAACAACAAUUACCUAAGUACCUAUGUAUCUAAAUUAUGAACAAAUAUGUGUAUCGUGGAAAAAGAUCAGCUAAUCAAGUGUAACUUUUUAUUCAGGUAAGGGGCAUUUUUUUUAAAUGUUUUAAACAUUGUAUUAUUUUUGAUUUUGACAUAUUUUGACUAUCUAUGUUAUCUUUUAUCGAUAUUUUUAACAAGCUACCUAUGUUUCAUACCUAAGUAACAAAAUUUGGGAUCACAAUUUUUAAAGAAUGUAAGUUGUACCUAUCUCUGUCUCACGCUUAUAUUUUACUUUAAAUAAUAGGUACAUGAAAUGAUAUUUACACUAUUCUUUAACGUAAGGUACAUGUAGAACAAAAAGUACAAACUUAAAAUGCUAGAAUUCUCUUAAAAAAUAUUAUGGGGCAGUAAGUGGAAUUUAAUUCUGAGACAGUAAAGGCCAGCUUUAAAACUAGGUAAUGUUUCUGUGCGUAGGUAGUAUUUGUGGUACUUUCAUACGCUCUUAAACGCGCAACUCAAAUAACUCUAACUGCUUAACGUAGUAUCAAUCCUAAGAGUGAGUCACAUUAUAGAGUCUCAUGGUUGACUUAUAUGGGCUUCUGAGUUCGCACGACAUGACUUACAAAGUUGCAUCUGGAUAUACACGGCUUCCAGAAGCUUCCUUACUUGCACGAUUAAACGCUCUGGUUUGGAAUGGCUGAACCAGGCCAUCCAUUGUUUACUAGUUCAUUCAUAAACCUUUUUUGCUGCCCACCAGGUUUAGGUAUCUGAUCAGCACCAAAUGUAAAAACACGUAACUACACUUAUUUCCUAUACCUGCAAUUGUUUAGUAUCUGUUGGAUACCCUUACUGCUCCAUUGCCAAACUCGUGAUGAAAUCGUGGUUUAAGUAACGAACUACUCGUGCUAGAAGUAAUUUUGUCGUAUGGAUAUCGCACAAAAUAUUGGCUUCUAUUUUGGAUUUAAAUAAAAAAGUAGUUUAUUCCUGGUUAUACUUCAAUUCCCACCUUACACUAUACACUAUGCGUGAGUACAAUUUUUGGCGCUCACUAUAAUUUGCUCUACAAAGUGUACAUGCACUUAUUAUAUUUCUUCAUAGUGAGUAGUGCACUCGCUUUGAUAAAUAUAAUGAAUUAGUAGAUGCAGUACAUGAUAUUUUUUUACUUUCAUCUUAGAGUAAGCAUGUUAUUGCAUUUCUUUGCAUACGAAAACAAAAUAAACACUAAAUCUUCAGACUGCUUCCGGCGUUUAAUAACUCGUGAUAAUUUGUAGUCCUCUAAAAUCAUCAGACUACUUACUUCAUUUCUUUGGACAUACCUGUAAUUUUCAAUCUCAAUUUGUUUCCUACUGAGAGCUCUGUGUACAAAAGAAUAUUUUGAUAAUUAUUGUCCCUACACAUAUACAAAAUUUUAUUUGUUAGCCCAAACUCCACCAUUAUCAAUAAAUUCAUAUUAUAAGUACUUAACAUACAUUAAAUGUUAGACCAUAAUAUAAAUACUUACUGUAAUAAAAAAUAAUAUUUUGUAUGUUCAGUCACUUUGAACCGAGCUUGCCUGCACAUUUGUUAAUUAAUUAUAAAGAAAUAUUUUCCUAAUGGCUCAUAAUAUGUUGAUGUUGAAGUAGGUAGUUUUUCAAAGACACUUCAAAUUGUAGCAUUAAAAAUCACAAGUUACACAUGUUAAAAAAUUUAACAUACACCAAUAAAUUAUACAAAAUAAAUAUCCUAACAAGACCACAAACCAAGGAAUUGAUUGAAAAAAAAUGAGAGAAUUAUAUUAUUUCAUUCGCCCCAUUAGCAUAAAGGCUUGAAUGAGUGGAGUUUUUGUGGUCUUGAUGUUAAUGUUAUGUCACAUCUAUUUUUCUAUCUGAGAUUAGAAAUUAAAUUUCUACAUAGUAAAUAAUGACAGAAAAUUGUUGUAUAGAAAUCACAUAGAGAUGUAAUAUAAAUAUUGUUGAUAUUGCUUAUAA